AUGUUAAAAAAAUAUUUUUUGUACAAUAUUAUUUUUUUGUCUCAUUUAAUUAAAUGUUUUUCUAAUAACCAAGUUAAUUUCUUAAAUCAAAAUUCAUUAAUUGCAAAUGUCAAAAAUAACAAACCUUUAAAGGUAUCUAUAAUUGGAAGUGGAAAUUGGGGAACAGUAAUUUCUAAAAUUAUCGGUGCAAACGCAAAAAAAUUAAAAAAUUUUUAUCCAAUUGUUAAAAUGUAUGUUAAAGAAGAAAUAAUAGACAACGAAAAAUUAAGUGAUAUCAUAAAUAAAAAAAAAGAAAAUGUAAAAUAUAUGAAAGGAAUGAAAAUACCAGAUAACAUUGUGGCUGUUUCUGACUUAAAUGAAGCAACAGAGGAAGCUGACUUACUAGUUUUUGUUUUACCUCACCAAUAUUUAAAUAAUGUAUUAAAUGAAAUAAAAAAAAAUAAUAAUCUUAAGAAGGAUGCAAAAGCAAUAAGUUUAAUGAAAGGAAUAAAAAUAGACAAUUGGAAACCCGAAUUAUUAUCAAAUAUAAUUCAAAAAGAAUUAAAUAUUGAGUGUUCAGCUUUAUCUGGAUCAAAUAUUGCUAAAGAAAUUUCUGAAGAAUAUUUUAGCGAAAGUACAAUUGGUUUUGAAAAUAGAGAAACAGUUGAAAUAUGGCAGAACUUAUUUGAUACAAAUUAUUUUAAGAUAAAUUGCAUACAAGAUAAAGCUGGAGUGGAAAUAUGUGGUGCCUUAAAAAAUGUUGUAGCUAUGGGUGUAGGAUUUUGUGAUGGAUUGACAAACAGCUUUAAUACAAAAUCUGCUAUUAUAAGGAUUGGAUUAGAAGAAAUUAAAAAAUUUGCUAAAAUUUUUUUCCCAAAUGUUUUAGAUGAAACAUUUUUAGAUAGUUGUGGAUUAGCUGAUCUUAUAACAACUUGCCUUGGUGGAAGAAAUCUAAAAUGUGCAAAAGAAUUUGCAAUUAGAAAAGGAAAAACAACAUGGGAGAAAAUUGAAGAAGAAUUAUUAAAUGGACAAAAACUUCAAGGAAUACACACAGUUAAAGAGGUUUAUAGUGUAUUAGAAUAUCAUAAUUUAAAAAAAGAUUUCCCGUUGUUUUGCACUAUUUAUGAAAUAUCAUUUGAAAAUAGGGAUCCUUCGGAUGUUAUCCAAGUUUUUGCAACAAAAAAAUUAAGACAUAUUAAAUUUAAAAAAUAA